CGUCGGUCUUGGAAUGAGCGACACUUCCCCACGACCCUGUUUGCUGCGCCUCUGCUUCUUGGCUCCAUUCUCCCUUCACUGGAGAGGCAAACGCCGGGAAGCUGCUCUCAGAGCCAGACCCGGGAUGGGCUCUCUGGCGGCCCUGCGGACAGUCCUGGUCCUGGGCCUGGUGACGAGACUGGCAGGAUGUGCCCCCGGCCUGAACGGCACGGCGGACCGCUGGGAGGCCCUUUACUCCCGGUCCCUGGCACGAAUCCCGGGGGAGAAGCGGCAGGAGAUCGGCCGGGACAGCGACUACCUCCUGGGCAUUAAAAGGUUGCGGCGCCUCUAUUGCAACGUGGGCAUCGGUUUUCAUAUUCAGGUGUUACCAGAUGGCAGAAUAACUGGAGUACACAACGAAAGUCGUUACAGUCUUCUGCAGAUCUCUCCGGUGGAGAGAGGAGUGGUCACCCUGCUCGGCAUCCACAGUGGACUUUUUGUGGCCAUGAACCGACGGGGAAAGCUGUAUGGAUCUCCACACUACACCAACGACUGUAAGUUCAGAGAGAAGCUCCUUGCCAACAACUACAAUGCCUACGAGUCAGUUGCCUACCCAAGGAUGUUCAUCGGCCUGAGUAAGAAUGGCAAAACAAAACGAGGAAACCGAGUGUCACCCACCACGACAGUGACACAUUUCUUGCCAAGAAUCUAG